CCCAGGGAAAACCGACUCUUCGAAAGACCCGUAUUUCCGGUGUAGUUGUGGUUCCGUCUCCUAUCAGCAGCCGUUAGCUUCAGUUAGCUUUAACUAGCUUCAGUUAGCUUCAGUUAGCUGUGGCAGUUCGGCUCUGACCGGCAGCAGAUUCUCUUUCGCUUUUUUCCGAGGUGGAGUUCGAUCAAUGCGUUCAGUCAUGUCCGGGGCCUGCUAGCUGUUAGCCUCUGUUAGUCGUGUCCCCGGUGCUAACAGUGCUAACAGUGCUAACAGUGCUAACAGCUUGAAGUGCGCUCCAGUCAGUUUGUUGUGAUGAAAACAUCGAGGACGAGACGUUAACAUGUUCCCUCACCUGCGGAGCCAGUAACAGGAUGUUUAUCUGCUGAACCAGAACAGAUACCAGGCCCCGAGGGAACCGGGAGCACCUCAGUCUGCUUCAGUCCACCUUAGUCUGCUUCAGUCUGCUUCAGUCCACCUCAGUCUGCUUCAGUCCACCUUAGUCUGCUUCAGUCUUCUUCAGUCCACCUUAGUCUGCUUCAGUCUUCUUCAGUCCACCUUAGUCUGCUUCAGUCCACCUUAGUCUGCUUCAGUCUGCUUCAGUCCACCUUAGUCUGCUUCAGUGUACUUCAGUCUGCUUCAGUGUCCACCUUAGUCUGCUUCAGUCUGCUUCAGUCCACCUUAGUCUGCUUCAGUCUGCUUCAGUCCACCUUAGUCUGCUUCAGUGUACUUCAGUCUGCUUCAGUCCACCUUAGUGUACUUCAGUCUGCUUCAGUGUACUUCAGUCCACCUUAGUGUACUUCAGUCUGCUUCAGUCCACCUUAGUCUGCUUCAGUCUGCUUCAGUCCACCUUAGUCUGCUUCAGUCCACCUCAGUGUACUUCAGUCUGCUUCAGUCCACCUCAGUCUGCUUCAGUCCUCCAGUCUGGAACCAUCAGAACCAAUAGCUUCUCCUCUGCUGAUCAACAGUAAAAGUUCAGACUCAAACCAGAACCUCAGUGUUUGUGUCCCAGUGCCGUUCACAUGCUCAGAUCAGUCACAUCGAUCAGACUGAUCAGCUGUGGACGUUCAUAGUGUCAUCUGAUCUGAGGUCAGCGUUGGACCCUCACUCCAGGACUCCUUACGGCAGAUAUGCUGACCUAGAAUCAGCCGGAGCUGUGAGAUCAAUCAGUGUGAGCAGUGUUAUCCAGAUCAGAGGUCGUCAUGUCUGAGAACCAGGCCAACAACAACGUCCCUGUAAACAACAACAACAACAUGGGACCCAACAGGAUCCGAAACCCCAACGUCAACCAGAACCCCCUCAUCAAUGUCCGAGACCGCCUCUUCCACGCCCUCUUUUUCAAGAUGGCGGUCACCUACGCCAGACUCUUCCCUCCCUCCUUCAGAAGAGUCUUUGAGUUCUUCGUCCUGCUUAAGGCACUAUUCGUCCUCUUCAUCCUUGCAUACAUCCACAUCGCCUUCUCUCGCUCGCCCAUCAACUGUCUGGAGGCGGUGAGGGAGCGCUGGCCUCGAGAUGGGAUCCUGCGGGUGGAGAUCCAGAGGAACUCCAGCCGGGCCCCUGUCUUCCUGCAGUUCUACGACUCCAGUGGCCUCCAGGAGGUUAUAGAGGCUGAGGAGGAAGAAGGGGUGGGGCUCAGUCUGGCAGCGCUGCAGGAGGAAGAUGACGAGGAAGAGGAGAUGACUCUGGACAUGUUUGACAACAGUUCGGUGCAGUUUGAGCUCGACAUAGAACCUCGUCUGAAGCCGUCUGUGGUUGGAGGAGGAAGAGGAGGAGGAGUAAACGACAGUCAGGACGUAUCGUUCAGUCAGAACACUAAAGUCUGGCCUCAGGAGGAAUACAUCGUGGAAUAUUCUCUGGAGUACGGUUUCCUGCGUCUGUCUCAGAGUACGAGACAAAGACUCAACAUCCCUGUCAUGGUCGUCACGUUGGAUCCCAUGAAGGACGAGUGCUUCGGAGACGGAUUCAGUCGUUUUCUGCUGGAUGAGUUUUUGGGAUACGACGACAUCCUGAUGUCCAGCGUGAAGGCGCUCGCUGAGAAUGAGGAGAACAAAGGGUUCCUGAGGAACGUGGUGUCUGGAGAACAUUAUCGUUUUGUCAGCAUGUGGAUGGCCAGAACCUCGUACCUGGCCGCCUUUGUCAUCAUGGUCAUAUUCACUCUGUCCGUGUCUAUGCUGCUCAGAUACUCUCAUCACCAGAUCUUCGUCUUCAUCGUGGAUCUGCUUCAGAUGUUGGAGAUGAACAUGACCAUCGCCUUUCCUGCAGCUCCUCUGCUCACGGUCAUCCUGGCCCUCGUCGGUAUGGAGGCCAUCAUGUCGGAAUUCUUCAAUGAUACGACCACGGCCUUCUACAUCAUCCUCAUCGUUUGGUUGGCUGACCAGUAUGAUGCCAUCUGCUGCCACACCAACACCAGCAAACGCCACUGGCUGAGGUUUUUCUAUCUGUACCACUUUGCGUUCUACGCCUACCACUACCGGUUCAACGGACAGUACAGCAGCUUGGCCCUCGUUACGUCCUGGCUCUUCAUCCAGCACUCUAUGAUUUAUUUCUUCCAUCACUACGAGCUUCCUGCGAUUCUUCAGCAGAUCAGGAUUCAGGAGAUGUUACUUCAGAACCAGCAGGCGGCUCAGGCUGCCAAUCAGACGGCGCUGCAAGACAACCUGAACAACAAUGACGCCGCCGCUGCAGGACCAGCCCCUGCUGACACAGCCCAACCCCGCCCCCCCAGUACCCCACAGCCCCCGGCCGACCUCCAGCCCCCCCCCCCUUCCUCUCCAGCAGGUGGUGGGGGAGGGGAAGUGAGGUCAGAGCUAAACUGGGUCGCUCACACAGCUGCCAUCAUCUCCGAAGCUUUGUCCUCCUCCGCCCACAACGUCUCUGUCGAGUCAGUCAGUGCAGGAGCGGCAGCUGGAGGUCACGGGGCAGCUGGAGGUCACGGGUCAGCUGGAGAGAUCAGUGUGGUGGCUGAGUUCUGGAUGGGAGGAGUGGGUGAAGGGGGAGGAGGGGGUGAGGAUCCAAACGUCUCAGUAGAAAUUAAAACCAGCGCAGGAGGCGGAGCUGAACCUCCACCAAGCCAUCCAAUAGGAGGGCUGCAGACAGAGGCGGGGCCCCCUCAGACAGACUGCCCCCCCUCACAGAGUUCAGGUACAGACUGUCGACCUCAUCAGACGUCGUCACUGACCUGAGGGUCGUCCGCUCGUCUGACGUCAUCUCACCUGUCGGACACCGUGCCUCCGUUUGUCAUGAUUAAUGAUUGAUUAUCUGACCUUUUAAAUGUAAACAAAUUCCUGACUCAUUGAUCAGUUUAAUUCUGAAUCUGGUUCAGACGUGAUUCAGUUACUAUGGAAACAAAACAUGAAGCUGAGACUAGCCGUUUGUUAAAGUAUCACCAUGGUGACGGUGUAAGAAGCUCACAUUAAAUUAUCACCAUGGUGACGUUGUAACCAAUCAGAGAAACUGUUGUUUUGAGUCUGAACAUGUUGGAUUCUUUUCUAGUUGCUGUUUUUCGUCUUUCAGGCGAAACAAUCGAUCAACAAUUGAAGUAAUUGAUCAUCUGUGAUUUACAAAGAUUUAAUUCAAGUUCUUGUUUGAAACCGAAACAAUGUGUUAUCGAGUGUUCGUUAAGUUUCACGUCUUAAGUACGAACCAAUGGACUUGGAGCUGAGAGGAGGUGACAACAUACUUAACCCGAUGAUCAGUUAUUGAUCAGUGACUGUAUGUUGAUUAGCUCUGGUUCUGACAGAUUGAAGCACAAACUCUGAACUGUGUUGAUUUUUGUUUCCACCUGCUUUUAUUUAGAAGAAAAAGACUUUUAGAAGAGGACGUUUGUUUUGAAGGGUGGAUCAGGAAUUCCUGUCAGAAUCGAUGCCUUAUCAAUAAUAUCUGGACUAUGAACAUCUCAUCGAUGUCAGCAGCAGAGCAAGAUGAUUGGUUGUGCAAUAUGAUGCCGACUGUGUCACACCUCAGGCCCCGCCUCCAGGGAACGAAUCAGUGACGUGAAUGCAUAGCGGUGAAAGACCACGCUGUCUGUGCUGCGUUCAGGGACUGAAGUCAGAACACGCUCGUGUGUUGAGGCACUCCAUGUCUGUUCGUAAUCUUCAUCGCAUCUGGUCUCUAAUAUUCAGCUGUCCUGUGAUUGGCUAUUUCAGAUGUUUAAUCACGUAGUAAACUAAGAACAAAACAUGUUAAUAACAGCCCCACCCAGUGGUGAAGUCUAACACUGACGUGAGCCCGGGUCAGCUGGUUCAGGGACGAGGGGGGCGGGGCCUAAAGUGUGACGUCAGAGACAGACACCGAGGCAAGCUUUCUUCUUUGUGCCUCCGCUGGUCGUCAGUCGUCUGAAACCCAUCGUCUGUUUAACCAGUAAAAUUUCACAUCACGA